ACCACACCCACGCCCACUCUAACACAUACCUCUUGACGUAUGCAAAUUCCUUUUGAGAAUGACAAAGCUACACCUACUGAUACACAGACACACACCUGUUGAGAAAAACACAAGCACACACAUACACACUCGUUGAGAAAGACACACAGACAUCUGCUCAAAGAGACAGGAGCGCACACACAUUCACCUGCUGAGAGAGACACAGAGAUACUACCAGGCACGUGUUGAGAGAGACAGAGACACGCACACAUUCACAGAGAUCAAGGCAAAUAAGUCAUGGCCACGUCGUCUCCGUACCCACGCAUGCCGCUCCCGUUCAUCAUGACAGACGACACCGGGAGAUUCUACAUCAACAAGGACACGGCGCAGGUUCUGGGGAGAAUCGAGAAGCCCCUGGUGGUGGUAGCGAUAGCUGGGAAAUAUCGAACCGGGAAAUCCUUUCUCAUGAACCGACUCGCGGCAGAAGAAGUGAAUCCUGUCCUGAAUCGGCACAAAAUGCACGCGUUUGUGACGAAGAGGUCAGAAGGACAAUCAAGCCGAAAUCAUACUGAAGAAGCAGAUGAAGAGGAAUUCGCCGACGUGAGGAGCAUGGUCAAGUGCUGGUCGAUGAGAGUAGAUGGGCAAUUUGAGCAGAAGCAACCAAAGGCCAGGUCUGCGCUUCCCAAACCCCUGCAGACUAGAGAAAUUGGUGUUUCUAGCACAAUGUCAGGUUUCUCACUGGGUAACACAGUGCAGUCCCACACCAAGGGCAUCUGGAUCUGGCCAGUCCGUCACCCCCGCGACGAGAGGAAAUGUCUGCUGCUGCUGGACACAGAGGGGCUAGGCGAUGUGGAGAAGGCCAAUGAGGAGCAUGACAUCUGGUUGUUCGUCAUGGCCGUGCUGCUCUCCAACAUCCUGGUCUACAACACUGUGGGGACUUUGGACCACUCCGGCCUGGAGCAGCUACUGUAUGUAAAGGAUAUGGCGCAGUACGUCCAAGCAAGGGUAGGAUCUCGUAAAGACAACCCAAAGAAUCUGGACAAGUACUUCCCAUCCCUCAUCAUCUGCGUACGCGACUUCACCCUGACGUUGAAGUUGAAUGGAUCGCCUUGCACUGCCGACGACUACAUGGAGCAUUGCUUUAAAAUACGCAAGCCAGAGAACCAACGUGGUAGAGAAGACGAAAACAAGUCAUUCAACAAGGAGCGCGACAUAAUGUGCCACUAUUUUAAGAAGCGCAAGUGCUUCAUGUUUCCCAUGCCGGUCAACUCAGAAGACUUAAGCAAGCUGGAGAACAUUCCAGAUAGAGAUCUGAAGCCUGACUUCCUCAAGGUUGCGAAUGAAUUCACCUCCCACAUCCACCAGGAGGUGAAGUACAAGAACAUUGAUGGAGUCAUCCUCACGGGACAGCUGUUCCUGCAGGUUGCAGAGCUGUACGUUGCGGCUCAGCGUUCUGGUGACAUGGUCUGCAUCGAGAACACACGGGUACAAGUGGUGCAGCUCGCCAACCUGCAGGCAGUGGAGGAUGCCAAGGAACUCUACCUGCGGAAGAUGGAGGUCAUCGAAGUCCAAUUUCCUCUGAAAAUAUCGCAGCUCCACCGGCACCACGAGGGGUGCAUGGAUAAAGCUCUGGAUCUCUUCUAUAGUCAUGCUGUGCUCGAUCAGGAGCAUAAGCACGAGAAGGAGUUGAUGGAGCACAUGAAGACGACAUUUCUGAAGCUGGGGACACAGAACAAGCAGCGAUCACAGGAAACAUGCAGAAUACGACUUAAAAAGCUGUAUUGCCUCGUGGAUGAGACGUACCAGGGCUUCAUGCAGCCCGGAGGCUUCAGGAAAUAUCAGGCUAUGAUGAAGAAGAUUGAAGAGGAUUACUAUAAGACCACAGGGCUCGGAGACGAGCCAGGAGUCCGGGUUCUGCCCACUGGGUUCUUCGCUUCAGGUCUUCAGGGUAGCUCUUCUGGUCUUCAGGUGGACGAGGACUGCUGGACCCGUUCAGGGGUCCGGAAUUUAUACCCGUUCCAGGAUCUCUCCACCCCUAGCCCCACCUCCCUUCUGGAACUGUCUAGGGGGCCCUGGUAUAUCCCCCAGCCCCCCUCUUGGGGUCUGGGGACCCUAGUGGCCCAACGGUCCGGUUUAUCCCACCUCGCCUGUCUACCAGCCCCUGUUGACACAUGUCUGCUACUACAGAUGGAGACGAUGUACAAGGAAUUUCUGGAGCAGAAGAAGGAGAGUGGUAAUGCGAUCCUAAUAGUAGACAAGACGUUGACCAGCUUUCAACAGCAGGACAUGGAGAACAAGCAGAAUGAAAAGAUCAUGGCACUGCAGAUAAAGAACAUGAAAGCAGAACAAGACAACCAGGAGAAGCAAAUUUCAUUCCUUAAAAAUCAGUACAAGAAAUUGCAGAAUACAUUCAGCAAGUAUACGCAAGUGAUCAAGACGCACACGGAUGAGAACAUCCAAGAAAUACAGCAGAACCACGAGAAGACGAUGAAGAAUGAAUCAAAGAAAACAUGCAUCAUCAGCUAAGCAUGGUUGUUGGAUAGUUGUACUCAAGAUGCGAGUAUUGCUGCAGAUCAAUUGUGCAAUAUAUCAACACUAUCAUCCAUUAUUAGCCAAUAAUCAUUAUCAGCCAUGAUCAAUCCUUGCUGGAUCAUAUUUCUCCCAAUGGCAAGGGAUAUUUGAGUUGGUUCUGGGCCUCUAUUGCACCAACCCGCACUGUCCAGUGUGGUGAAGUAUAGUAAAAUAACCCACAUGACUUAGCCAUGAUUAGAACUUCAUACAGCAGUGAAAUGAAGGCUGAAAAUAAUUUCCAUUCAUCAUCAUCAUCAGCUGUGAUCGAUCUUCUGCUGAAUGGAAUUGUUUCUAAACCUUCGGCAUCUCCCAUGGUCUUGUAAUGUGACAUUCCACCACGCUCCAGCACUUGACUAAUCUUAACGCUCCAUCUCUACAAUAUAUGGUCUCUUGGGCAUGUUCGCCCCUUUGGCUGCCACUCAGUUGUUAGUCUCGAUAACCAACCAUCAUCCCUUCAAGCAAUGCGUCCUGCCUAAGCCCAUGUCUUUGUAUUUCUAUUUUCAACAAAUUAGAUAGAUAAAAAAUAAAACGCGAGUGAAAUUUGGCACAGUACAUAUAAUACCAAAACUUAUAUCUGGUACUAAAGAUUAAUUACCAAUGCGUUUCGACAUAACGUGUGUACCGGAUUAAUUGAUCCUGUGGCCAAUGCUGUCUUGGUCAGACAGGAUUAGAGAUUAGCAUCAGACUAAAAGAAGACUAAAAAAUAUUAAAUAAUAACAAACACAACUGUCGGCAGUUACAGAACAUGCUUGAUAACAAGGGAAUUCAAAUGAGUUUGUUAACGUUGAUGUUUCGUAUAAAACGAAUUAUUACUGGGCAAGACUAAUUAGAGAAUCUAUUGAAAUUGAAAGAUUUUUUUUUACAAUUCUGACAGCUACAUGCUCAGUGCUGAUUGAAAGCAGAUUAUUAAGUAACACUGUUUAAUGCAUGAAUAUUCAGGUGAAUAUAUAUUGAUAAACUGUGACCCAACCAGUAACAUAUGUCAUGUUUUCAGAUUAACAUAUUUAAUUAUAAAAUACAUGGUUUCAUUAAACCCCCUCUAAUCUUCUCCCACAAUUAAGGGUGGGGGGGGGGGCGUUUCAAUGUCAAAUUGUCAGAUGCACCACUUCCGGUUUAGUUUGAAGGCGUCAGGGUGCCCACACAGUGGGAUUUUCCCCUGGCCCCGCACCCACCUAUGGACGACCCUGCCAAUAGGACCUUGAUGUGUAUGGCUCCACAUCCUGCCACAACAAUCCCUUCUGUAUCUCUCUCACAUGAAAGUGGUUCGCACUCAAUAUAUAUCUUGAACGAGUUGACGUGGUGAAUACGGACAUUCCCGCUCACCUGCACAUUUUCGUCAGCCUCCCAAAUGUUUUUAUGAAUUAAAUCAGUACCUUUCCACAUAUGUACAACUUUAUCCAUAUCGUUGACAUAAAAUGACAACGACUCUGCAGCUCAGAACCAAGUUCAGUGUCACUCAAAAGCCAAGGCAAAAGAAAUAUGAGACCUUUAAGAAAGAUGUUGAUCUAUAAAUAAGUGGUGGGACCGUUGACAAAAUGUGGGCGUUCAAAAAAGAGGUGGGCCUUUAAAAAACGAGUGAAGCCUUCAAGAAAUAUGUGGCUAUGUGGAUAAUUAGGAUACAGGAUUGAGAGAGAUGGUGACAGUUUGGGAUGCCUACAUCCAGCAGUAUAUUGAUAUUGGCUGAAUAUGACUACAUACUUCUAUUACAUUUAAUUGCAGCAUAUAUUCCAAAAAAUGUUGUUUAAUGUCUUAUACCUUUUACUAUGCAACAUAAUCUAUAGCAUUUAAUAUGCAUCAUAUACUACGUGAACAUUUUAUUGCAAUUUAUACACAUUUAGUACUAUCUAAAUCCAGCCAUUUUACGCUACUUAGUCAGGUCUGACGUAGGCAGGCAUCUUCAGCGCAUAUAUCUAGAAAGUCAGAGUAAAUAUCCAGGAAGACAAAGUGACUGUACUCUUUGGUUCUUUCAGUAAAGUCACGUAGGUAUAAAAUAAAUUAAAUCACGACGUUUCGGGUGCAACACAAGCGUCCGUUAUCAGGUGGGACAACCACAGCAAGAAACAAUGACUGAAGUGGGCGAUUGCUAUUCUAAUUAGUUUGUUUGGCUGUGGAGGUUUUUCUAACGACACAGAUUGGGUCAGAUCAUUACGUGGCAUAACCCAAAAUAAUUAAUUAAUGUAUAAUUGGCCACACACAUGUGUUAAGCUGGGCACUCACAUUUAAUACAGGCAAUGCCUCCAUUACAGGUGUUCCUCAGAUUUAUGUUGUGUUUAAACUCACUUAGAGCUGAUCAUAUGCUUGUUCUAUUAAAAUCAAAUGAAUUCAAAAAAGAUAUGAAUGUAAUGAGGAAUUCUUAUUUGUACUCAAUGCAUAUCUCUAUUAUGUGAUUGUUUUAAGGCGUUCGUUUGUUGAGUGAUUAAAAAUAGCCUUUUCUAUUGUUUGGUUGUUACCUAAUGUACUACAUUUUUUGGGAUAAUGAUUUAGGUGAAUAUGUGUGUAAUUUCAGGAUAAAGGUUUAUGGCCCGAUAAUUAAUAUCUGAUUUGUCACCUUUAUUGUAUAAUAAAGUCAUUUUAGAGACCAA